AUGUCGACCCUCGAGGACUUGGACGACCUUGAGCACGAGAACAGAGACAAGAAGGAAGACCAGGGCGAUGACGGCAAGAAGCCCAGCGGCGACGGUGACGCCGAGAUGGAAGAUGCUGAGAAGAAGGACGAUGAGGAAGAGCUGAUGGACGAGGAGAUCCUCCACUCCAGCACGGCAGACAUCGUUAAGCGACGACGGAUGCUGGAGAACGAAAUGCGCAUCAUGAAGAGCGAGUUCCAGCGUUUGACACACGAACAGAGCACAAUGCGAGAGAAGGUUAAGGAUAAUCAAGAAAAGAUCGAGAACAACAGACCCUAUCAAUUGAACCAUCACCUUUUCUAUUUACUGACAUCCCUGUUUUACCUUGCUAGACAACUACCAUACCUCGUCGGAAACGUCGUUGAGCUCCUGGACCUUGAUGUGGAGGCCGAUGCUGCAGAGGAAGGAGCCAACAUCGAUCUCGACGCCACUCGCGUCGGCAAAUCUGCCGUUAUCAAGACCUCAACCCGCCAGACCAUCUUCCUCCCGCUCAUCGGACUGGUUGACCACGAGAAGCUGAAGCCCGGUGACCUGAUCGGUGUCAAUAAGGACUCAUAUCUCAUCCUGGACACCUUACCAGCAGAGUAUGACAACCGCGUGAAGGCGAUGGAGGUCGACGAGAAGCCGACGGAGAAGUACACGGAUAUCGGUGGUCUGGACAAGCAGAUCGAGGAGAUCGUGGAAGCUAUCGUAUGGCCCAUGAAGGAGGCGGAGCGAUUCAAGAAGAUCGGCAUCAAGGCGCCGAAGGGUAAGAUCACACUGUUCUGA